AUGAAAAAUGGAAAAUGCACAAAGAAAUAUCCCAGAGCAUUUGUAAAAGAAACGCAACACAACGACAAGGGGUAUCCAUUGUACAGACGUAGAACAGUUGACGAUGGUGGUCAUACAACAACUAUUAAUAUUCGUGGUGGUCAACAGAAUAUAGUUGUUAACAGCACUUGGGUUGUUCCGUAUUCCCCGUUGUUGUCCAAAACGUUUAAUGCUCAUAUUAACGUCGAAUUUUGUAGUUCUGUACAGGCCAUAAAAUAUAUAUGCAAGCAUAUAAACAAAGGAAGCGAUCAAGCUAUUUUUGACAUUCAACAAGAACGCCGAAACGUAGAUAAUAAAAAUGAAGUCUUAUCGUAUCAAGCGGGACGCUAUAUUAGUAGUAAUGAGGCAGUAUGGCGCCUAUUUAGUUUUGCUCUACAUAAAAGAUACCCAAGUGUUACACAUUUAGCUGUACAUUUGGAAAAUGGUCAAAGAGUGUAUUUCACUGAACAAAACUUCCAACAAAGAGUAACCAGUCCGCCAAAAACAACGUUAAUGUCAUUCUUUGAUUUAUGUCGAGUUGAUCCUUUUGCAAAAACACUUUCAUAUCCCGAAGUUCCGCGUUAUUAUACUUGGAAUACGUCAUCUAAAGAAUGGAAGCGUCGUAAAAUUGGUACUUCAGUAAGCAACUGGCCUGGCAUAAAGGCAGGUGAUGCCCUUGAACGUGUAUAUACUAUACAUGUAACAAAUUUAGAGUGCUAUUGCUUAAGAAUGCUUCUCAAUGUUAUCAAGGGACCAACAUGUUUUAGAGAUCUAAAAAUAAUCAAUGGUCGAGAAUGCGAAACAUUUCGUGAAGCCUGUGAAGUACUAGGGUUAAUGGAAAAUGACAAUCAAUGGGAUUUGGCAAUACAAGAAGCAGUUAUUUGUUCCUUUCCAUGUAAACUAAGGGAGUUGUUUGCAAUUUUAAUAGCUAAUUGCGGUAUAUCAAAACCUAUGGAACUGUGGCUGCGUUAUAGAAAUGAUCUGUCUGAAGAUAUUCUCCGUAGAAGACAAAUUAAUAAUAAUUAUGCUACAUUUGAUGAUGAUGUUUACAACGAGUCUCUAAUUUUAAUUGAGGACAAAAUAAUACUGAUGGUGGGUAAAGAUUUAAGGGAAUUUGGAAUCCCGCGACCAGUCAGAAUGCAAAAUGUAUCUAAUGUACUUUCAAGAGAAUUUAGUUACGAUAUUGACGCUAUUAAUGCUGAAAUUGCGGAAAAAAUGCCCAAAUUAUUGCCUGAACAAAAAGAAGUUCUCGAGAAAAUAUUGGCACAAAUAGAUAGGGAUAAUGGCGGUAUAUUCUUUUUGGAUGCUCCAGGCAUUGCGGCAACUCUUCUCAGUGGUGGCAGAACUGCACACUCAGUUUUCAAAUUACCGGUAAAGUUGGAACAAGCUGAAUCUGCCACUUGCAAUAUAAGUAGAAAUAGCAAUCUAGGCGCUUUACUGCAAAAAUGCAAAUUGCUGGUGUGGGACGAGUGUACAAUGGCACAUAAACAUGCACUUGAGGCAAUAAAUAGAAGUUUGCAAGACAUACGUAGUAGUCAAACGCUCAUGGGUGGUUUGGUUGUUCUUCUUGCGGGAGAUUUUCGUCAUGAUGAAAUAAAUGCUUGCUUGAAAUCUUCAUAUCUUUGGAAUGAAAUUGAAAAAUUAAGCCUAACCACCAAUAUGAGAGUUAAACUGUUUAAUGACACAGCUUCCGGUGCAUACGCAGAGGAGUUACUCAAAAUCGGAAAUGGAGAAGUUGUUAAAGACGUCAAUGGUGAAAUUUUAUUUAAGCCAACGUUUUGCAAUUUGGUAUCUUCUGAAGAAGAACUUAUUUCUAAAAUUUAUCCAGCUAUUAAUGAUAACUUAUGUAAUGAUGCUUGGUUAUGUGAAAGAGCAUUGUUAGCACCGACAAAUAAUAUAGUGGAUCACAUUAAUCAUAAAAUUCUGUGUAUAAUUUCUGGCGAAAGUAAAAUUUAUAAGUCCAUUGAUACUGUCGUUGAUGAAGGACAAUGUACAACAUAUCCACCCGAAUUUCUCAACUCAAUCGAGAUGUCAGGAGUUCCAUCCCAUAAAUUGGAGCUCAAAGUUGGUGUUCCAAUAAUUCUUAUGAGAAAUCUCAAUGCACCAAAGCUAUGUAAUGGAACGAGGUUAAGAAUAACUCACCUUAGCCCUAAUCUCAUUGGGGCAACUAUAUUAACAGGCUCAGCAAAGGGAGAAAAUGCUUUUAUUCCACGUAUACCUAUCAAACCAACAGAAUUGCCAUUUGACUUUAAACGGUUACAAUUUCCGGUUAAAUUUGCAUUUGCAAUUACCGUAAAUAAGUCUCAAGGCCAAACAUUAAAAUUUGCGGGGUUACACUUAGAGACACCAUGUUUUUCACAUGGCCAAUUGAAAAUUGUACAAAUGGAAAAAACUGAACUCAAACCUUACCUGCAGACAAGCAAAAGCUUUGCGGGUUUUAAUCUUAAGAAACUUAUGUAG